CCCUCUUCAUUUGUGGUGGUCAUACAUUACUGUGCAUAACCGGGUUAGCUAUGUAGCUGUAUAUAUAUGUAUGCCGUGGUCCUGUCGAUCUGUUCCGCUCAGGUCUCACUGCUUCGCUUCUUUCUUUUUCCCCCAUCGUCUCCCAAGUAGUCGGUGAUUCGUCCGUGUGUGCAGGACAUUGUAUGUAAUACUCCUUUGUCCCUCCCCCUGUCCAACCACGACGAAAGACGGAUUCGAUUCGAGUACAAUCGGAUCGACAAUUGCUGCCAUGACCUCCAACGCAGCUCCCAUGACGGUGCCCCCCGCGGCACCGCCAUCGGGCAUGCCAAUCGCCGACACCACCGCGGCUCAAAAUGAAGCCGUCCACAGCAUCGGCAAGGAGACCGUCAACGCCGACGACAUUGAGAGAAACGCCGGCAGCCUCAAUGCCGAGGAAAAGAACGAGUCGGAUGCCAGCUCCGAGUUCAAGCAAGAUGGUGUCGCAAGGGCCGAGGCCAUCACCAAGGUCUGGACCACCAAGACACUCUGGGCAACCUUUGGGCUUCUUUACCUCGUGUCGACAGUGGACUCGAUGCUAGGAAAUGUCGAGGGUGCGCUGUCGCCAUACGUCACGUCAGCAUUCGGUCGACACGGACUCAUUUCUACAACAUCCAUCGUCUCCACCAUCCUCGGCGGCGUCAUCACCCUCACAAUCGCCAAGAUGAUCAACAUCUGGGGUCGCAUGGAGGGCCUGGCGGGCAUGGUCUUCCUCAUCACCAUCGGCAUGAUCAUGAAGGCCCUGUGCCAAAACGUCGAGACAUAUGCCGCCGCACAGGUCAUGUACUGGGUUGGCCACAUCGGGCUGCUGCUCAUCAUCAACGUGACGGUGGCCGACAUGACGACGCUCAGGAACAGGAUGAUCAUCUUUGGCUUCAACACGUCGCCCCUCAUCAUCAGCUUCUUCACCGGCCCCCUGAUCGCCGACCGCUUCCUCAAGGAGGUCAACUUCCGCUGGGCCUUUGGAGCCUUUGCCAUCAUCAUGAUCGCCACCACGACUCCCAUCAUUGGCGUCUUCAUCUACAACGAGCGCAAGGCAAAGUCGGUCGGGCUGGUGCGUGAAAAGCCGGGCCGCACCUUUUUCGAGUCGGUCAAGUACUACGUCGUCGAGCUGGACGUGGUCGGUCUGUUCCUCAUCACCGUCGGUGCAUCUUUGCUCCUGCUUCCCUUCUCGCUCGUAAACUAUGUUCCGGGCGGCUGGGCCAACGGCGGACUCAUCUCCAUGUUCGUGCUGGGACCUGCUCUUUUGGCCGUCUUUUACAUCUGGGAGAAGAAGUACGCCCCCGUCCAGUUCUUCCCCUGGGUGUACCUGACCAACAAGACCAUCCUGGGAGCCUGCUCCUGCUACGGUCUGAUGUUUGCCAGCAUCUUCUGCUGGGACACCUACUACUACUCGUACCUGCAGGUCGCCCACUCGCUGUCCGUCGUCGACGCCAGCUACACCAUCAACUCGCUGUCGCUGUCGUCGGCCAUCCUGGGAGUCUUUAUCGGCAUUCUCAUCCGCUACACCGGCAAGGUCAAGUGGGUCGCCAUGGCCGGCGUGCCCUUUAUGAUCCUGGGAACCGCGCUCCUGGUCCGCUUCCGGACGCCCGAGACCUCCAUCGCCGUCCUGGUGGUGCUGCAGGUGCUCGUGGGUCUGGCCUCGUGCGUGUUUGCGCUCUGCAGUCAGAUGGCGGUCAUGGCCACCGUCAAGCACAACGAGGUGGCGCCUGGAUUGGCACUCCACGGGCUGUUUGGCGCCGUCGGCGCCGCCAUCGGCCAGGCCAUCGCCGGUGGAAUCUGGAACAACCUGCUGCCCUUCAAGCUGAUGCAGUAUCUGCCCGACGAGGCCAAGGCUGACGCCUGGACCAUCUUUGGCGACAUUACAGUUCAGCAGGCCGCCACGGGGGCCGUCAGGGACGCCAUCGACGCCGCGUACGGCGACAUGCAGCACAUGAUGGUCAUUGCCGGUUGUUGCUUCGCGCCAUUUGUCAUUGUCGCCGUCUGGUUCUGGGAUGACCUUGACGUCAGGAAGGUUGAUGAGGAGAGGGGCCGUGUGGGCAACGUGUUCUAGAGAGAAGGAUGUAUGUGGAGAAAAAGUUUGUUGCCAUGUCGCGUUAUGGGUGGGAUGCGAUUCAUGAACAUGACUAUGCCAAUCUAGGUUGUCGUUCGCGUGAGGCUUGUCCUCAUGCGGCCGUACGUACCCCAGAGAGCAUGGUUUAUAUUAAUAGCCUAAUCGAAAGUUUUAUAAAAGUUUGAAUGAUAUAGAUACCCUUCCUUGGUCAAUUGAAAGAUUAUGUUGACUCG